GAUUAGUUACUAUUCAUCUGAAUUAACUAUCGGAAGAUAAAAAAAUUUGAAGUGAUCAAGAAAACAAAAUAUGGGCUGCCACGAUGAUGUGUCAAAUGAGAAAUUACAAGAAGCCGCAACUCAGACGGGUACGGUGAUACGUAUUGGAAGAGAAAUCCUUUUCCAGUGCAAAUUUUCUGUAUCACAGGCUUUUAAUUGGGAAUCCCAUAAACACGAUUGGUGGAAUAGCUUAGAAAAGAAGGUUGCUGAUCUUGCUAAAUCUGGAUUUACGUCUGCAUGGCUGCCUCCGGCAACUCACUCUGUGUCUCCAGAAGGUUAUUUACCACAGAACCUAUACUCUCUUGAUUCUUCCUAUGGCUCCGAAGACCAAUUAAAAUCUUUGCUUCAGACGAUGCGUCAGCACAAUGUCAGAGCAAUAGCUGACAUAGUUAUUAACCAUCGGGUUGGGACUACCAAAGGAGAAGGGGGUGUCUACAAUCGCUUUGAUGGGAUCCCAAUGCCCUGGGAUGAACAUGCUGUCACAUCUUGUUCUGGUGGAAAGGGUAACAGAAGUACAGGUGAUAAAUUUGAAGGGGUCCCCAACAUAGAUCACAACCAAACAUUUGUUCGGAGAGAUUUAAUUCAGUGGCUUAUAUGGCUUCGUGAAACCAUUGGUUUCGAAGAUUUUCGCUUUGAUUUUGCUAAAGGCUAUGCACCAAAGUUUGUGAGAGAAUAUGUUGAGGAGUCAAAGCCAAUAUUUGCUGUAGGCGAAUAUUGGGAUAGCUGCAGCUACAGUCCUGAGAACCGAUUAGAGUACAACCAAGAUAGUCACAGGCAAAGGAUUAUUAAUUGGAUUGACACUACUGGAGGUCUUUGUGCUGCAUUUGAUUUCACAACGAAGGGCAUCCUUCAGGAAGCAGUCAAAGGAGAGAUGUGGCGUUUGCGUGAUCAAGGAGGGAAGCCACCCGGCGUCUUGGGGUGGUGGCCUUCAAGAGCAGUCACAUUCAUUGAGAAUCAUGACACGGGAUCCACUCAGGGUCACUGGCCUUUCCCAUCGGACCACAUUAUGGAGGGAUACGCAUAUAUUCUCACACAUCCUGGAAUACCAACAAUCUUUUAUGACCAUUUCUAUGACUGGGGUGACUCCAUCCAUGACCAAAUUGUGAAACUGAUGGCCAUUCGGAGAGGACAAGAUAUACAUAGCCGGUCUACGGUUAAAAUUCUGGAGGCGCGCUCUAAUCUAUAUGCUGCAGUUACUGGGGAUACGGUAUGCAUGAAAAUAGGAGAUGAGCCGUGGUGUCCAAGUGAGGAGUGGAAACUGGCGGCAAGUGGCCAUAGAUACGCAGUUUGGAUUAAAUAGGCGCUUAUCUGGAAUUUUGAUUGGUUAAACUCCUUUGUUGUUCAUAGAACAUGUAAUCUAUCUGCUGAGUCAUUAGAUCACUAUACUGGUGUUGCAUCACUAGUUUGCUCAUGUUAUGUUGCGAAGGUUCCUUUAUUUGUUGUAUGUUGUUUUCUAUGCUACUAUAGCUUGUAUAAAGUUAGCACACGCAUAGCGGGUGGUUUUGUAUUUGUUGAAAACUACCAUCUAAUAUUUACUGAAAACUACCUUUGCAGGGAAA